AUGUCUGCCAAAUAUAGAUCGAGGUCAGAUAUUGGAAGUCAUAACGGUGGGAGGAGUACUCUCAUGAAAAGAAGCGGUAAAUCUGCUAAACGGGUAAAAAAACCCAGCAGACACAAUACCAAACAGUCGAGGAGACCUCAAUUUUACAGGGUCCAGGAUCUAGAGCAGCAAGGAUCCAUCAUGCACGAAGAGCAGCCUCAAUCAAGGGAAGCCCAGUAA